AUGGCUUCAUCACGGGCUCUCAAAAGGCUUCUCUCAUCAUCGACCCGCUCUCCGAAUCCCUUCCUCCGCCAGUCAGCCGCCUCGUGCGACGCUCUCAAUGCUUCCGAUCGUCUUCUGGACCAUCGCCGCCACUUUUCCUCUUCAGGUGGGUUCGACCCGUUUUCUUGGAGGAGGAGAAUGAGCAUGGGCCAAUCGAGUCAAUACUCUUCGGUCUCAUAUGGAAUUGGUGAUGUGGCUGACACUAAUAAAGAGGAGAGUCAAAAGAAAAACGUGCUCCGCCCAUUAUCUCCUCACCUUCCCAUCUACAAGCCCCAGCUAAGUUCGACCACCUCAAUUCUCAAUAGGAUAUCUGGAGUUUAUCUCUCGGCUUAUCUUCUGGGUUUCUAUCUUGUACCAAUAAAAUUGGGUGCUGUUAGCUUCAGCUAUGAAGGUUUCUAUCAAUUCUUGUUCUAUUCAUCCAAACUAAGCCUUUUGUCCACUGAGAUUGCUGCCUUAGCUUUUGCUUAUCAUGCUUAUGCCGGGGUCCGUCAUCUGUUGAUGGAUGUCUCCGGAACUGUUUUCCCAAGAAAAUGA